AUGACUGACUCCAGAUUUUGUUUUAAGUCUGUAACGGAUAAAGACUUGGAAUUGUUCAACAAGAUCGCGGUACCUGGAAACAAAUUUGUCAAAAUUUCCUUUCUUGUUGGUGGAAUGCAGAUGUUACCACCUGGUCAGAAGCCACCUCAACAACCACCAGAGCCUAAAAUUACGGUUGACGAUGCAUUAACAUUAACAGCUGAUGAAUAA